GCCGGGCGCGGCGGCGGCGGCGGAGGGCCCCGAGCUUCCCCGCGCGAGCUGGGAGCCAGAACGGCCGGCCGGAGAUGAGGAGCGGCGUGCCGGAUGCUCACCCAAUGGGAACGGGCGCUGCCGGUCUGCCGCGCAGUUGGCGUGGCCCGAGGUCCGGCACGAGGGCGAUUGCCCGGCCCAGUGCAGCCGCAAGGACAAGAGCCUGGGUCUGCUGAGUCUGCGAUUCCUGCGCAAGCUGCCGCCCUACGCUGGCCCCACGCACACUCCGGACGUCAGCCUGGACCACGCCGCCGCGCAGCUUGGCGUCGAGCGCCGCCGAAUCUACGACAUCGUCAACGUUCUCGAGAGCCUGGAGCUCAUGAGCCGCGUGGCCAAGAAUCGCUACAGCUGGCACGGCCGCGACAGCCUGGUGCGCACGCUGGACGACCUGGAGCGCGAGGCCCGGCGCCAGGGCUACCCCGCCAGGCUGGAGGGCCUCCUGCGAGCCGGCGCGCCAAAGCCAACGCCGGGUCGCGGCAACGCCGGAUCCGCCGCCUGCUCGGCGAUGGAGCAAGGGGGGUCACCCGAGGGCGGGGCGACGAUGGAGCCGGGCCACCGCGAAGACAGCGCGGGCCGGGCGGUGUCAGGCUCCGCAGCUCCUGCUGCUGGCAGCCGGAAAGAAAAGUCGCUGCGCAUGAUGAGCCAGAAGUUUGUCAUGCUCUUCCUGGUGUCGUGGUCAAGAGCCAUCAGCCUGGACAUGGCGGCACAGAUCCUGAUCUGCGACAGCAAACUCGACGACGUCCACAGCAAGAGCACCUUCAAGACCAAGGUGCGACGCUUGUACGACAUCGCCAACGUGCUCAGCAGCCUGGGCCUCAUCCAAAAGGUGCGACUGUCGGAGGGGGGAGGACGCAAGCCGGCCUUCCAGUGGAUUGGAGUCGGCGGAUCCGGAAAUCUAGAUGAAAACCGUGUGGGGAACAAAUCGUUGGUGGCGCAUUCGCUGCAUCCGCACCAAACCGAGGGGGCGUCGAUGCCCGCGAGUGCGGACGAGCCAUGGCGGGGGCAGCAGCCGCUGGGUUCAAGCCCUCCCGACAGCCCGGAGAGACGGGGCACGUCGCCUCCUCGCUGCCCCGUCCCGUCGCCUCCUCGCUGCCACGUCCCGUCGCCACGGAAGUGCCGACGGACCGGCACCAAAGGGCAGCCGCAGCCUUCCCCGGGCAGCCCGCAGUGCGAGCUGCCCACCGCCGAGCGGUGCCCUGGCGUUCCAGUGCCACCUGCGUUGCCUGCGAGCACGGACGAAGAAGAACAAGAUGGCGAUGAUGCCGACGAUGAUGCCGACGACGAUGACGACGACGACGAGUCGCGACGCGCGGAGGAGAAUGGGCAUUACCGGUGCUCCAUUAGCAAGAGACAGUGGGCUGCAAUGCUUGGCUUGCAAGAGGUCUCGCCCCUGGGCACUCCAAACGCCGGCAAGAGAUUGAAACGCCUCCCAAGGGCCCGCCACCCAGCUGAAUGCAGCACAGAGGUGUCCUUACAAGGCAGGAGGUUGCUCAGAAUGGCCAGAGGAAAGACCGGUGCCCCCAAACGCCGCCAUGAAAGGACUGACAUAUUCUCGAAAAGACACUCGGCGACUGAAAAGAAACCCGAAAAGAAACCCCAAAAGACGAGAACUUCACUCAAAUCCAAACAAAAACCUCUGCCCGAUCCUGCUCGUGAUGCACUAACAACCGGGACGUGCGGGCAGCUUCAAGAGGCAUCUGACGGAACUCUCAGCAUAACCAGCUCCGCCGAUGAAGGGGAGCACGACAAGACGGACGCUGCAGGCUCAGAGGCCAAUAAUGAACGCCAGGAAUCCCCAAACAAACACUUUCCAAGAGGCAUCUCGAUGUUUUGUCCAGCGUUCUUCAGCAAUGGGGCUUCAGAGCCAAUGAUGCCAUCCCUUUGCUGGAUUCCUUUUGGAUGUGACCCAGCUGUCACGGGCUGGCCCAGUGGGGAACCAGCGAUGCACCAGCAACGAUCGCAACACACAGCAGGAAAUACCCCUACGCGCGUGAGCGCGGGUUCUACACCAGCGCCCUACCUCAUGCCCCUGCCCAUGCAGGGCUUCCCCGCGUGUAUGGUACCACCUGGCUUCUUCACGAUUGGCACUGCCCCCCAGGGUCUCAGUGGCGGAGCAGAGGGCCCUUUCUGUGGCAUUCCAUGGCCCAACAUGGGGAUGUUGCCGGGAACAGGAAUGCCCUUCCACAUGGGCCCUGUAGCCUGGCUUCCUGGGUGCGAUUCGCACUGAACAAGAAGCACUUCUCUCUUAGAUUCAUGUCAUGGAGAAUACGUGUUUAUUUUUUUUUUUACAAAUGUACAUAAGUAGGAGGACAAAAUGAAUUUUACGUGCGUUUACUUUACAUCAAAUGUGCCUAAAAUUAGUAUUUUACUUUGGUUCAGGUCGGUUGGUUGGAAUUCCCCAAAAAAUGGAAAUCAGUUUUUUUCGAUGAAUUACCACAGCAAGGGAAUGUCCUGCACACGGGACCUGUAGCCUGGCUUCCAGGGUGCGAUUUACAGAAAACAAUACAUUCUAUGUUCGAUUCUAAUUUUAAGGUGAUGUAGAAUAUAGAUGUUUUAAUUGCGUAUGUAUGUUUUACACAUGUACAGAUGAAGAUGGAAAAAAAUAAUUUAUGUAAGUUUACUCUUUCAAAGGUGCCUAAAAUUAGUAUUUUACUUUAAAGGAGGGGGGGCUGGUGGUUGUUUUCAAGAAUUCCCAUAUCAACAUAUCAUAAAAGUGGAAGUUUUUAAUUAAUUAUACAUUGCUGAAAUAAUAUUUCGAUGCCUUCGUUAACAAAAAAUAUCGUGAUAAAAUUUUCCUUCCAAUUACGUAUAUAGCCUCAUACAGCAGGCCUUGUGAGUGGUUUAGUCUAUAGAACAAAUGAACAUUGUGUUUGUUGUUGUUUAACUUUGCUUGAGUACAAGCCAUGGAGUAGCGGUGCAGUCGUCAGAGGCAGUGUGCUAUUAAUUUGGUGACCUGAGUUUGAUGACCGGUCAAGGCUAUCAUCAGUGGUAAGUGAUAUAUGAACCGAUUCUGGUAAUCCCUCAUUCACCGACCCAAACUGGCCAAUGUGGUGAGGCAUGGUCAAACAACUUCCACGAUUGAGGGAUGUGAGAAGGCCUACAAAAAUUAAAUAACAAAGUGCUAUGACUGAUUAAUUAGACAAUGAGUGCAAGCCAUACCUUAAUAGAAUAUAUAUUUAUCGUUAUCGUUACUUAACUCAUUAACCCUCCACUCACAAUAGCAAAAAUGUGAUUACCAAUUAUCUGCAGUGUAUGCGUGCUGUUUCGUGUUACGCAUGGGCACAUUAACUCUAAUUUAGAAAUACGACCUGGCGUUUGCUCCAUGUCUCUUUAAAACUUACUUGUCUAAUGUAUUUACAGGAAGCGUGUAUAUCAUAUUCAUGAACGUUACAUUUGUAUCAUUCUAAUAAACUAUUUAUUUAAAAACU